CGAACCCGGAAUUGCAGCCUGUAGCCAUCCACUACUGUGCCCGGGCGGGCAGACCGGUGAGGGCCUGCUGGUGGCGUCCCGAGCGCUGAAGCGGUGGGGGAAACAACGCCUGUUGCUGGAGCCACCAUGAGAGAGGGGAUCUCGAUCGACCUCUCUCGAAGUCUCAGGACCUCUUCCCCCGGGCCCGCCGAGACUGAAUGUAGUCCCUACGUCACAGUCCCGAAGGAGAUCGGCCUGGUAUGCCUGCAAGACAGCCAUCGUGUGCAGGCUAGCACCAGCUCGACCCGCUGCCGUGUAGGCCUCACGUUGCCGUAGUCCAGCCGGGGGGACGUAGACAGCCGUGCAGAGAAGGGUUUGUUCUACGAUCUACACAACUGGUUGUGUAGAUCCAGAAAAAAUGGUAAGGGCCGACGCGGGGGUGAUGUCGGCGAUGUCGGCGAUCUCGCGUUGCGAUCCCCAGGAUCGGAGCCGCCGCGACGCCUCAGCGACCGCGGGGCCUGUGCCACGGGCGGAGUGCAUCCGACCAUCCUCUAGAAAGAGAGCCGCUCGAGACCUCAGCACCCUCAGGGGCAGGGCCUCGCAAUGGUCGCAAGCAGCCCCCUCGAGACCUGCCUGGGCGUGCGACAACUACCCAUCCCAUGGGUAUCACCUUCCGUGAUGAAGCGCUGACAGGGAGAGACACACUGUCAGAAUCGCUUCGACAUGAUCUGCUUCGUCUCGACUCCAGGGUUCUGGCUGCUGUGGACGGUGCUGAUCCUCUUCAGCUGUUUCUGUGCUUACCGCCACCGCCGGGCAAAGCUGAGGAUCCAACAGCAGCAGAGACAGAGGGAGAUCAAUCUGAUCGCCUAUAACGGAGCCUGCAACUACCCUUCCUCAAUGCUGGACCUCAGCUUUCUGGCUUCCUUCAAGUUGCCCUCCUAUGAGGAGGUGGCGGCGCAGCCCAGCACCCCUCCUCCUCCGUACAGCUCCAUCUUCGCCCUGCAGGGAGGUGCCAUGGGGGGUCCUAGCUCCUCUUACUCCCAUCAUCACCACCACCGUCACCCGUGCCCUCCCUAUCUGGGCCCCGGCCCUGGUACCAUUGGCCUGACUUCUUCCCAGAGCUCUGACAACUACACCAGCUGCUCCUGCGAGUCGUGCUCCCUCACCUCACCCUCCAGCACCUCCUUCUCUGUCCAGGUGACGGACGAGACGUAUGACAGCAGCCACAUCUCCACACCCAGUGAAGCAGGGGGCGACUGUGCUGUCAUGCCAAGGGUUGGGGCCUACUUCACACCGACGCCUUCCCCGCCACCUCCAUCACAAAUUCCGCCUGAUGUCAUACCUGCGGUCACUCCAGAUGUCAUACCCGUACAAAGACGGUCCUCUAACGGCAGUGAAAGACUCUCACCUCCGGAUCCACCACUCUCUCUUCCUUUACACUCUCACUCUUCACACCCUUCUCGCCUCCCACUUUCUCCCCUCAUUCUGUUAUCUUCCUUUCCUCCCGGUCAAGUCCGUCCUCUCGUCCUCUCAGACCCACUUGGAGCUGUGGCUGUUCAGAAAGAAGAAGAGGCCUCGCCUUGUGGUCCAACCCCCAGAACCACUCUGUCUCCCCCUAAACAGGCUCUCUUCUCCUCAAAUGUCACACAUUGCAACAACAAAGAGGAGCAAAAGCAAGAAAAAGAAGAGGAGGAGGAGGAGGAGGAAGACGAGGAGGAGGAUCAUUUCCGGCAUCGACGGCUAACGGGUGACUCGGGCAUCGAGGUAUGUCGCUGCCACAUGAAGAGAGGGGAGCAAGAGGAAGAGGAACUGCAGAUGGGGCAUUUUGGUAAAGGAGGGAGAGAGGCUGUGAAGGAAGGGGAGAGGGCAGACGUGCUGCAUGACAGCGUGGACUGUCCCGGCCGAGCGAAGGCCACUGUUCACUCACCACGGCUGGGCGACGUCUCCUCAUCCGCCAGUAUUACCCUGAAGACAGGCGAGGCCAUCAUCCUUGUGGAGUCCUCAUAAGCAGACAGCCAGUGAGAUGUAGUAAGACGAGUGGAUAAAGUGAGAUGUUGAUGCUUGAUGGCGUCCUCAUAGAUCAAGACUAGUAGGUAAAAAGUUGAAUCACCGAAGAAAAGUCUUACUGUAAUGGUUGCAAGCAGAGGGGCAGGAUGAGCAAUGGAUCCUCUUGUUUUCUCUGUAUUCUAUUUCAAAUGAGAGAAUCCGACACCUCAAAGUCCUAUUUUGUAGUUAAUUCAUUUGUGGUUUGGGAAAAGGCAUAUCUUUUUCUCCAAAGUGAUGUGAAAAUGAAUUGCUCUUUCUCUGUCUCAAUGUCCCAACAUGCUAACCAAAUCCAUUUUACUAAUGGCUCUGUGUCAACAUCCCUUAUCCCUCUGCCGUUUACUUGCUAACAUGCUAUUUUAGCUCUUUGAAAUAAAAUCCCUAAUAGUCAGUGGUUCCCAACCUGGGGAUCGGGACCCCACCAAGGGUUCACAAGAUAAAAUAAAGGGAACAUGUGAUGAUUAACAGUAUAAGAAAGAAGAGAAACAUCAUCCUGUUAAAUUAAGUCUAUGCUAAUUUUCUGAUGACUCCCUAAUCUUUGCUUUUUAUGUGAAAUUAUGGAUAGUUUUAACUCGAGAAGCGAAAAUCAAUCUUUGGUGGGACUGCUCACAACGUCUUGACAUAUGCAAUGUAUGAGAGGGUCGCAAAAAAAUAUUCUUUCAUUGUAAGAGAUCACGCAGCAAAAUGGGUGGGAACCACUGCCUGAUAUAGCAUAUUACUCAAAUCAUCCCAGGCAGCUCAAUCACCGUCUAAAAAAAUGGAACGACGUCUUCUUGAAUUGAAAUAUAUACAUAUUCUAGGAGUAUAUGAAUUGAUAUCACUGAACAAUUAAUUUCCAAAAGACAGCUUUAACAAAUUGUGUCUGGAUCACUUUAUAUGAUCUUAAUUUAUUUAAUUUACUUUCUAACUUUUGAAGAGGACCACAAUCAUAGAACAUAUGAAUCAUAUGUGAUCUUUUUUUUGUGGGGUGAAGUGUUUGGUUUCACCAGCCUACUUCCCCCUGUUUAUCAGAGGAAAUAAUGAGUGAAGGCAACUAUUAUGACUGAUUCAGUAAGUGUGUGUUUUAUACUUUGUCUCUUAGCUUGCUCCCUAAAGGAAAAGGGGAUGCAAACAUUGAUUUUAAAAUGUGUGGGUGGCAAAGCUUUACAAUGGUAUUAUGAUUAUAUGUUUUGGACUGUUACAUGAUUAUACUGUUUAAUUUACUGACGUUGGAUUUAACGUGUUUGAACAUGUUCCUGGUUGGUCGUGCAAGGCAAUGUAAAUCUGAUUCCUCCAUGGACGGACUGUUGAGCUUUUACAAGGCAGAAACUUUAGGCCUGUUCUCAUCACUGAUAAUGAAUGUAAAAGGUUAUGCAUCGCAACAAAAAUAUAUAUAUUUAAAUUGUUUACGGGGAUCUUUUUAUAGCAUGAUGCUUGACUGAAAACCUCUGGAAAAGUGUCCAAAAGGGCAUCAAGGCAAUACAGUCUGCCAGGUGUGGGCUUUGAGAUGACACUUUGAAAUGAAGUGCCCAGUGUAAUGUCUGCCUGAGUCAAGUAAUGCUUGGGAAAUAUCAGAAUAUAUAUCAGAGGUGUAAAUAUAGGAAGUGAGGGUUUAGAGUCAGAGUCAGAAUAAUGCCUCUUUUAUUAUUGCUGUGGCUAAACUUGUAGUCACUUCUGAGGGUUGGACUGCUUUUCUCUAAAUGAAUUUUGGUUGAGCCGUUUUUUGUAUGUAAAAUAAUUUGUCAGUUGACAUCCAGUUAGACAGUGUCUGUCACUAGAGGUUGAUACCCUUGAUUGACACUCUGUACUUCCUAGGAUUGUGUCAAGAUGAUCCUGGUGUUAGUAGUGUGAAAGCACACAUGUACUCUCUUGUAAUUAAUUGUGAGUACAUAAUGUGCUGAAGCAUAGAACAAGAUAUAGAAAGAAAGAAUGUCUCAAAUCACAUUUUUGUACAUGUUUGUCUUGCUGUAAUUAUUAUAAGACUGAUGUCUCUAUAGUUAAUUGACUAGAGGGCACUUUGUUGUGUCCUUAGCUCCGUGCAAAGCCGACUUUAUUGUCUAAUGCCUGAAGGCAAAGCUUUCAACUCACCGUUCAUCCUCUGAACAUAUCAAUAUAAAAGCCUUUUGGCUACUGUACAUUUUUUUGGCUAAAUAAUGGACAGUUGUUAUUUUGUUAUUAGUUCUAGCUGAUGUAUGUUUAUGAAAUUAUAUGGUGCCUAGAUGAAAAUAGACUUUCUGUUAGGCAUUCUUUUGUUUACUGCUGCUAUGUGAGUGCGUGUGAUUUCUGUAAAUUGUGUAUAGUCGUACAUCAAAUGGUCCAAACAUUUUCUAUCAGUGCUUAGCAGUCUCUUUAUAAAAUAUACACAGUACAUAUGUGAGACUUGUAAAAAUAGUAUUUAGCAAUAGUAUUCACACUUUUUCCUUACUCUAGUUAAUGCUGGUUGAUAGGAAAUUAACUGUUGUGAAAAAGACAUUUUACCUCUUUAUAUCUGAUCCGUGAGCUGUGCUGGGCAGAGGCCCUUGAUUGUACAUAACACUUAACACUGCAUUUGAAAUGCCUUUGCUUGAAGGUUUCUCCCAAGUGCAAACUCAGAUUAUCUGGUUUUUACCUUAGCCCCAGUUUGUGCCUCUCAUGUAUUAGCAUUAUGUUGAGGUCACAGAGCUCAGCAUCCCUGUUUCUGAAAAAUAAAUACCUGAUGAUCUUUGAGAAAAACCCAAACGAACCACACAACACGCUGUUCUAAAGGUACUUUUAGAUUCCUCAAAGACUCUUCCGUCCAACUGAGAGGCGACGACAUCCUUCCGCUGCGUAAUGUAAAAGACUUUUAAGCCAUUUCUCAAGUUUCUGGUAGUUUGGAAUAACAUAUGUCCUAAUAUUCGGGAGGAAAACCUGAGCUGUGUGAUUUUGGGGGAAGUGAGUCCCGUUUUAUUUUGUAUUGUGCAUACUAUGAGGAUUUCUGAUUAUCAAUUUUCCAUAAAAUGGUUCUGGUAUACAAAUAAUAAAAACACUGGAAUGGCUGUUUUGACGUGUUUAAAUGUACUAACUUUAUCUCACAAGCCUGGAAAAGAAGGCAAGAUUGAUUAUUCAAUCAUCAUUUAUUCUGAUUUCUCCAGUAUUAGACAGCACAUAGUACUCAAAUUGGUUGUCCUUACUUUUAGAAUAUUUGUGGUUUUGUUUGAAAAUCUAUAUAGUUAUUCUGAAUCUGGUCUUUAAGAAUUUGUAGUAUGUUUUAGGUUGGACAUAGUUGUAUUCAUGAUGUUUAAUGUUGAAAAAAGGAAAUAUACACAGGAAAUAAAUUUGAAACAUAAGGAAUAGAUCGAAAACUUUUUUUUUAUCAUACAGCGGGCCAAAUAUCUACACAGUUAGGAUAAUCCUUGAGGAUUUUGAAAGUGUUUUCUUUUUCAGAAAAUAAUAUGUUUAGCUAAGUGAAUCAUGCAUGUAAUGGUAACACGCAAGAGGCCAGGACAGGGGCUAGUUUGACCCCAACUCUGAUUUUACAUUAAAGCCAAACUGAUCUGAGUUUAGUGUAUAUAGAACCAGUUUUUUCUUUUGCCUUGUCAGCAGCUAGUAUGUACAGACAAAAUGCCCAAACUCUACCCUCAUUGCCACAGAAGGCCAAGGCCUGAUAUAAGACUGUUACCUCGCUGAGUUUUGACUGCAAAGGACUGUUUACUUCUCCUUAUCAAGAUAGUAUUUACUCUAUAUUUGUACUGACUUUAUUUUGUAAUGCCAAUAAUUGAAGAAUUGAAAAAAACAACAACACAGAGCCCACAUUGAUACGGCUGAACUCAUUUGCCAGGAAAAAAAACAAAACAUCAGAAACCCUGCUGAUUCAGGAUAACCCGAGACUGUUUGAAACAAAGUAUUCUGCUUUUACUCCUGCAGCUUCGAGGCAGCAGGAUUUAUAGAAGUAUCUGUAUGUGAUUGUAUGUGGAAUAGUUCAGAUUAAUAUUACUACAAAAUGUGGUGUUCUUUGAGGGUAUCCUUGUGCAAUUCUACCUGCAGCUCUUUUCAGUGUGUUGUGCGCAUGUGUGAGAGAGUUAUUGUCAGCCGUGCUGUUGUGGUGUUACUUAUUAUGAGGCCAAACUUGAUUGUUAUUGGUAUUUGUUAACAUGAUAUUUGUCUAUAUAAAUAUCCAAACAUUUUUAUGUCAUCAUGAAUAUCAAGUUGAUCUUGGUGUAUAGCAUAGAGGUUUGUGAUGCAUACUCCGAUGUAAAAAUCCAAACAAUGAGAUGCCCUCACAUUUUUAAAUAUUUGUUUUGUUGCACAGAUCCUGGUGCUUUUUCCAGAAGGUGGGGUUGUAUUUAGGUUUCUUCCAUUUGAGUUUUUUUAUUCAUUGAUGCUCAUUGGGAUUCUACCAAGCUGGACACAGACUGCGCUACUUUAUUCAACAACUGUGGAUUUUGUGUCAAAAUAAAUGCUAACAAGUGCUACUAAA